AUGGUGCUGCUAGGGGGCAGUGACAUAAAACUCAGGCAGCCUAGAAGUAAGAAGGAAAAGAAGGUUGACAAUAGUAAAUUGAGGCCAUGGUCGGAGCUCCACGAGGCUUUGCUUCGUCUGAUAACAAAGCAGCUAGGUGCUAUAGACUAUAUCAUGUUUGGCUGUGUCUGCCGGGGAUGGAGGUUACAUGUUACAACACACAGGCAAGAGUUUAUGGCAUCCCGACCUCCACUUCUUGUCUUCUUAUCAACGCAAGCUAAGAGGGCUUCUUAUUUCUAUAGCAUCUUUGAGCAGAGGUUGUACAAGGCAAAAUUGCCUAACCUUAAUGGCAAAUCAUGUUUUGGGAUAACUCGUGGGUACUUGGUCAUGGAAGACAAUAAAAAAAGGGCAGAUUCUCAAAUUUGGCUUCUGAAUCCUUUUACAAGACAUGAACUCCAUUUCCCUAGCCCUCCCAAUCCUUAUUCUCGUAUGAUCCUUGCUUCUUUGGCUACGCCUUUGCAGGAGUUUGUAAUCAUAGCUUUCUGCAUAUGGUACCCAUCUCUACAGUUUUUUAGACUCAAAGAUCUCAGCUGGACUGUACAUGAUUAUAGUGACAAAUUUAAUGGCUGUCGUGGGCCCUCUCCGUGGGCGAUUGUUGAUGGAGCUGUCUUAAAGGGUAAGUUAUACGUUUUAACUAGUUAUGCUGAAAAUGGGGUGCUAAAUCUGAAUUCUACGCCUUACGUAACCCUGCUGGAAGUUAAAAACACUAGAUAUUUGCACCGUGGGCUACAGUUACUGGCUCAUGAUGAGCAGCUUUUGAUGAUUAAUGGAUUGAUGAACGGAAUUGGAAUUAUGAAGGAAGAAUGUCAAGUUUAUGAGCUUAAUUUUAUGAAGAUGGAAUGGAUGAGGAUUCAGAACUUCACUGAUCAAGCAUUGUUUCUGGAUUAUGAUAUGGGCUCAAGAUUUAGCAACAUGACCAUAUGGGGGUGGAGCCAACAAUAUUCAAAUUGCAUAUACAAUGUUGGUGUGACUUGCAAAUGCAUCUUAAAUUUCUCGGAUGGUAGAUAUCGAGGGUCUUUCUGGAUCCUACAAGGAAACCGUAUGCCACAUUUUACCUUGGGUGUUCCAUUCUGGUAUUUUCCACAUCUGUCUUGCAAUUUAGUCAUGUAG